CUUGAGCGGGAGUACGAAAAGCACGCACAGCUGAUUUCCUUCGCAGCGCUUGCUUGUCAGCAAAGAUUGUGUACAGUCGCAGUACAACAAUAACAGCAUGAAGCCGAUAGUUGUUGCCGACGAAAUGUUUCCGGAGGGCCCUGGCCCAUUUAUGGACCUGGAAGAGGCAGGGGGAUCAUCAGGAUUGCUGAUGGAUCUAGCGGCGAACGAGAAGGAUGUGCAUGCUGAUUUUUUCAAUGAGUUUGAAGAUUUGUUUGACGAAGACGAGGAGGCACAGAUGUAGAUGGUUUGGAGCAUGGAGCCCUACGGAACCUCCCAUUGAAACGGCGUAAACACGACGAAUUGUGUAAAAAAGUCGACAGUUUCUCAAGAUUCGUUUCACACGUUCGAUAUUGAUGACGGUAUUGAAUAACAUCCUUUUCGUGAGCUAAUGUGCUUCUUUAUCUGUAACAAUCCCUACCGACUAUGGGUCCUGUAAACUGGAUGGGGGGUGGUGUGUGGAGGGCGUGAUGGGCGUUUGUGGAUAAUCCAGCAAACUCUUACAUUUUUCAUUCUAAACUAAGCAUAUAAAAUGGCCAGCAAUAUGGAUAAGAACAUAAAUUGAAGGAAUAAACUGAGUUCUGUCGUAAUUAAACCAAA